GUCAAACAGCACCAGGCUGAGCGGAGAGGAGCGUCGGGGCCAGUGGCUCUUAACUUUUAGGAGGAACUGGACACAAUCUGAACCGCACUGCGAUGCUGCUACUGCUGCUGCAGGGAAGACCCUCUGCUGCUUUUGCUGCACUUUUAUUUUAUUUUUAUUUUCUGAAGCCAACUUUGGUGCUCGGCUUCAAUCUUGACACCAGUCAUGUCAUCAGGAGAGACGGAGAACCGGGGAGCCUGUUCGGGUUUUCUCUGGCCACGCACCGGCAACUCAACCCAGAUAAAAGAAUACUGUUGAUCGGUGCACCCAGAGCCAGAGCCUUAGGAAAACAGACAGCCAACAUCACAGGAGGCCUUUAUAAAUGUGAAAUCACCCAGUCCAAUGAUUGUGAGCGCAUUGAAUUUGAUCAUGAGGAGGAUGUACAAAUCGAGAAUAAGGAGAAUCAGUGGAUGGGGGUGACGGUUCAGAGCCAGGGACCAGGGGGAAAGAUUGUGACUUGUGCUCAUCGCUAUCAGAGGCGCUUGUUUGUGAACACCCCUCACGAGUCCUACGACAUCACUGGACGCUGUUAUGUCCUGAGUCAGGACCUGACCAUUGACACGUCCUUUGAUGAGGAUGGAGGUAACUGGAACUUCUGUCAAGGCAAAACAAGAGGCCAUGAGAUGUUUGGGUCUUGCCAGCAGGGUUUGGCUGCCACCUUCACCAAGGACUACCAUUACGUGGUGUUUGGAGCACCAGGAACUUAUAACUGGCAAGGCAUGGUACGAAUGGAGCAAAAGAACAACACUUUGCUCGAGAUGGAAGUGUAUGAUGACGGCCCGUAUGAAACUGAGAACCCUCUACGUGCCCACAGCUACCUUGGAUUCUCCCUCGAUUCGGGACACAAGAUCACCAGGGGAGGUGGCCUGACGUUGGUGGCUGGAGCACCCAGAUUCAAUCAUAGUGGAGCUGUGGUCCUGUUGAGGAAAAAUGGCUCCAGGAACCUUUUGGAGCAGCACAUUUUUGUUGGACCAGGACUUGGAUCCUCUUUUGGAUAUGACGUGGCUGUAGUCGACCUGAAUGGCGAUGGAUGGCAAGACAUAGUUGUAGGAGCCCCUCAGUUCUACAUGAAGAACAGAGACAUUGGAGGAGCUGUUUAUGUCUACAUCAACCAGAAAGGAAACUGGGAAAGCGUCACUCCUGUACGUCUAAACGGGGCCAAAGACUCGAUGUUUGGACAGGCAGUGGAGAGCAUCGGAGACAUCAAUCAAGACUCAUAUGAAGAAAUUGCAAUUGGAGCUCCUCAUGAUGACGGGGGCAUAGGAAAAGUCUACAUAUAUCAUGGCUCUGAACAUGGAAUCAAAGUCAGCCCUGCACAGAUCCUUUCAGGUAAAAAACACAACACAAGACUAUUUGGAUAUUCUCUGGCAGGAAACAUGGACUUGGACAGCAACUCUUAUCCAGACUUGGCUGUAGGCUCUCUGUCAGACAGAGUUCUAAUCUAUAGGGCACGGCCAGUCAUUCGCAUCAGGAAAGCUGUCAAAAUAUCUCCGGAGGAAAUCGACCUCACAGUCAAAACAUGUGAUAACAGCAUUUGCCUCAAGAUGGACGCAUGCUUCGCCUACAAAGCAAACACUGCAUCUUACAACCAAAAACUAACUAUCAGCUAUUUCGUGGAGGCGGAUGGACAUCGCAGGAAACAGGGAUUGCCCCCCAGAGUGACGUUCCUGAACAAAUCUCACACGGAAACAUACCAGUUUAAUGGCACCUUGGAUCUGCGUAGCCAGGAACAGGAAACAUGCAUUAAGAUAGGAGCCAAACUAAAGGACAAUAUCAAGGACAAGAUGCGAAGCAUUCCCUUUGAGGUGUCUGUAGAAAUUGUGGGUACUAAACGACAGAGGACAAAAAACAGCCUCCCUCAGCUUUUGCCCAUAUUAGACUCCUCUCAACCGAGCAAAGAAGUCACUGAGGUCAACUUUGUGAAAGAGGGAUGUGGCGAUAUUUGCCGAAGUAAUCUGAAGAUGGAGUACAAAUUAUUCUACGAACAAAAAACACAAGACAAAACACCCAAGUACUCCCCAUUACCCAUCAAAGACAACAUGCCUGUGUUUCACCUGAAUUUCGAGAAGAAGGACUUGGCUGUGCAGGUGACGGUCAACAACAUGAAUGGGGAUGAUGCUUAUGAGGCAAAGCUGGUCGGGACCUUCUCGGAUAUGCUGUCUUAUUCUGGAGACCGCUCACAUGAAAUGAUGGAAAAGAAAAUCAUCUGCACUCCCAAUCAGAACGGCUCCCAAACAGACUGUGAGCUGGGAAAUCCUUUCAAGAGAGACUCAGAGACAACUUUUUACAUCAUCCUGAGCACUUCGAGUAUAACUCUUGACACCACGGAGGUCAACUUUGAGCUACAGCUCCAAACGACGAGUGCUCAAAAUAUCGCGCCUGUUAAAGUAACGGCUAAAGUAGUCAUUGAAUUGCCGCUGUCCGUCACUGGGGAAGCCAGCCCUAAUCAGGUUUCCUUUGGAGGUGUUGUGAAAGGUGAAAGUGCCAUGAAGACAGAAGAAGAGAUUGGAAGUUUGAUUAACUAUAAAUUUACAAUAAACAACUUGUGGAAGUCUUCUGUCAAAGCCUCGCUGCACAUUCAGUGGCCCAAAUCGGACAAAGACGGGAAAUGGCUUCUGUACCUGGUGAAUGUCAUUUCUACAAGGCCGCAGGACAUCCGUUGCUCUCCCUCUGAUCAGAUCAACCCUCUAAAACUCCAGAAAUCGUCAUCGUCAUCGUCGUUGAGAACAAAACGUGAAAUUGGAGAAAGAAAAGCGGUUGCCAAAAUGGCCUCACGGUCAGGCAAAAAUAAAGUGCUGGCGUGUGGCAAUGGGAUCGAAUGUGUGGAGCUCAGGUGCCCUCUCCAGGGCCUCGACGGUACAGCCAUUGAACUGAGAUCUCGUCUCUGGAACUCGACUUUUCUUGAGAAUUAUGCCUCUCAGUCGCACUUGGAUAUCAUUGUGACGGCCUCGCUCGUCCUCGACACUCAGGCUAAAAACAUGAUCCUGACAGCUCCUGACGCUAUUGUGAAAGUGACAGUGUCACCAGAAAAUGCAGUAGCACAGCACAGUGGCAUUCCCUGGUGGAUCAUACUGGUGGCUGUUCUUGUAGGCGUCUUGAUUUUGGCUUUGCUUGUGUUUCUGCUGUGGAAGUGUGGAUUCUUCAAACGCUCCAAGCAGGACGACAGCGUCCCUCGUUACCACGCGGUGCGGAUAAGAAAAGAAAUUCCCGAGUAUAAAGACGGGAAGGUCAAGCUUGAUCCUUUUGAAAAAAAGCAAUGGAUGACAACUUGGGUUGACAAUGAAAGUUACUCGUGAACAGCGACAAGACUUUUUUGUUUUUUUUGUUGAUUUUGGUGAUGCUCUGUGAUUUUUUAAAAACAAUAGCCUUUUUUUUCACAGCAGCCAUGUUGACAUGAAAUAGUAAGGUCGACACAGGUGUUAAUAGUGAUACUUAUUAAGGUUCCUAUACAUGUAUUGUAGCACAGCAUCCACAGGCCCAGCUGAAUAGUCUAUUUUGCUUGGGAAGGUUCCUAACUGAGUGAAAUGACCUGGAUCCAUUAAUGUAGCCACAAUGAAUUCUUUAACUGUUAAGGAAAGGAGCUUCAGAGCUUCCUUCUUGUCUCCUUUAGCAAAGGAAACACUGGACCAUCCUUUACGAAAGGAAAGGAAGUAAUGCCGUCACAUGAUUCCUUGUGGCAGCAGCAAAAAAAUCAACACACGGGGAAGUCGGUAGCGUAGUGGGUUAAGUGGCCGCCCUGUGUGUGGAGGCUAUAGUCCUCGCUGCAGCUGGCCCCG